AUGCAUGCAGACGUCGAGAACGUCCGAGUCCAAGCCGCCCACCAGAACGGACCCCCCGCACCGAUGGCCUUCGUCUCUUUCGUCCCUGUCGCCGCCGCUGCCGAAUCGCUGCCUGCGCUGUCCAGGGCGCCAGCAAGCUCUGGCCGUGCCCCGCUGGGUCGUUCGGGGACCGACCAGCAGUUUUCGUUGCCGACAGCAGCAGCCAUCGCAGCUCUGGCAGCAGGAUCUGCCGCUGUGAGUCGCCCGAACGGCACGAGGUUGCGGAUCCAACGCGCGGCAGUCGGCCGGCGUGGAGGUUUGCUCGGCGGCCUCGCCGUUGCGGCCGCGGCGGCUCGGCCGAAGCCAGCGAACGCCGCGGAGAAGCUCACGAAGCAAACCGCAGAGAAGGUCCAGGCAGAUAUCGAGCAGAUUAUCAAGGCUGACCCGAACAAAGGACCGACACUGGUGCGGCUGGCCUGGCAUUCAUGCGGCAGCUACGAUAAGGUCUCGAAGACUGGAGGAUCUGGCCCCGGAACUAUCCGCUUCAAGGAGGAGCUUGCGCACGGUGGCAACGCGGGACUCGACAAGGCAGUCGCUUGGCUGGAGCCGGUGAAGCAGUCCAACCCCAGCAUCAGCUACGCUGACCUCUACACCCUCGCCGGCGUGGCGAGCAUCAAGGCGCUGGGUGGCCCGGACGUGCCGUGGCGUGCUGGGCGUGUUGAUUCCGUGAGCCCCAGUGAUGUGACCCCCGACGGCCGUCUGCCCAACGCGUCCAACGGCUCCGCCAAGAAGGACGUUGACCAUCUCAGGGAUGUCUUCUACCGCAUGGGUUUCAAUGACCAGGAGAUCGUCGCCCUCAGCGGCGCUCAUGCCCUUGGCCGUUGCCACGCAGAUGCCUCGGGCUUUGUGGGCCCAUGGACCCCGACGCCUACGACGUUCAACAAUUUGUACUUCAAGCUCCUCAAGAAUUCCCAAUGGGAGGAGGGCUGCAUCAAAGGGGAGACUUGCAAGAACCCUCAGUACCGCAAUGUUGAUACGCAGCAGUUCAUGAUGCUCCCUACGGACAUCGCACUCUUGAAGGAUCCCAGCUUCAGCAAGUAUGUUGACCUCUACGCCGACGACCAGAAAGUUUUCUUCAAGGACUUCUCGAAGGCAUUCUCAACGUUGCUUGAGUUGGGCACGAAGGACCUCUACACGGUGGUCUGA